CUGCGGCAAAAUGAGGCACUGUCGCAGUUGCAUGGCAGAUUCCAAGACUCGCAAUCUGACAUCACAUUUCGCAAAAUGGCGACGUCCCUCGGCUCCAACACCUACAAUAGACAGAACUGGGAAGACGCGGAUUUCCCAAUUCUCUGUCAGACAUGUUUAGGAGAAAACCCUUACAUUCGUAUGACCAAAGAAAAGUAUGGAAAAGAAUGCAAGAUCUGUGCUCGACCCUUUACUGUAUUCCGCUGGUGUCCAGGGACACGUAUGCGUUUCAAGAAGACUGAAGUCUGUCAGACUUGCAGUAAAAUGAAAAAUGUUUGUCAGACAUGUCUGUUGGACCUGGAAUAUGGUUUGCCCAUCCAGGUUCGAGACACUGGCCUUGCCAUUAAGGAUGACAUUCCUCGUUCGGAUGUGAACAAAGAAUACUUCACACAGAAUAUGGAGAGAGAGUUAGCCAAUUCGGAUGGCACACGGCCAGGCGGUCAGGUCGGGAAGGCGACCAGCUCUAGUGACAUGUUGCUGAAACUGGCCCGUACAACACCAUACUAUAAGAGGAACCGUCCCCACAUCUGCUCCUUCUGGGUUAAGGGAGAGUGCAGGAGAGGGGAAGAGUGUCCCUACAGACAUGAGAAGCCCACAGAUCCCGAUGACCCGCUCGCUGACCAGAACAUCAAGGAUCGUUACUAUGGCAUUAAUGAUCCAGUUGCUGACAAGCUGCUGAAGCGGGCCUCGACCAUGCCCAGGCUGGACCCGCCUGACGACAAAUCCAUCACCACCCUCUACAUUGGAGGUCUUGGCGAAACAGUCACAGAUGGAGAUCUCAAGGGUUACUUCUACCAGUUUGGUGAGAUUCGUACCAUCACAAUAGUACAAAGGCAGCAGUGCGCCUUCAUCCAGUUUGCCACGCGGCAGGCUGCUGAAAUGGCUGCAGAGAAGUCCUUCAAUAAGCUUAUUGUCAAUGGUCAGAGGCUCACUGUCAAGUGGGGAAGGUCUCAGGCAGCAAGAGGAAAGGAAGGCGAAGGAGUUGCUGAGAUGGGUACCAGACUUGAUCCUGUGCCAGGACUACCAGGAGCACUACCUCCACCACCACCUCUUGAUGAAGAAGCUCCAGCAAAUUAUUUCAACCUGGACCCGAGCACCUCUCCAGUUGUCAUGAACCUUACUCUGCCGCCACCCCCUGGUCUCAACCCCCCUCCUCCAGGUUUUGGCCCCCCAAUGUUUCACCCCAUGGGCCCUAUGGUUCCACCUAUGCCCCCACCCAUGACCAUGAGACCUCCAGGUCAGAUCCACUACCCUUCCCAGGAUCCCCAGCGGAUGGGUGCCCACGCUGCACACGGCGCACGCCACGGCGAUUAGCUUCUAGGCUGAAACUUGACUGUGAUUGUUUUUUUUCCCCCAUUGUGUCACACCUGGCACCAUGCUCCCUAUGGGCCUGGAACCUGCUGUGGAGUGGAUGGAAUUACAAAAUCCAACAUGCAGGAUAUGAUGUUUAUUUCACACCAGCAGUUCAGCACACAAACUGAAUCAGUGCGGUCUGUCAAGAUUUGUCAUUAUGCCUCUUUUUUUUUUAAACUAUGUUUAUAUUCCACUGUGUAAUGACUUAGUUUAUUGAGAGGCUUUUUUUCUCGUUUCUUUCACAAAUUAAAAUGACUCAUUAGUCUUU